GAGACCAUUAUAUUUGAUGCUGCCAAACCAGUUCCAUCAUAUGACAGUUUUGUUUUGCCUCUGCAACAACAAGGAACAUGAGAUUUUCAGUUUCUGCGAUACCGAUAAUUUUAGGCCUCCUGAGCUGUGUUCAAGCCGAUUUAGAGAUCGGUUUCUAUGCCAAUAGUUGCCCGCGAGCUGAGAUGAUGAUCCUAGACUUUGUUAGGGAGCACAUCUCCAAUGCACCCUCUUUGGCUGCCUCUCUUCUCCGAAUGCACUUCCACGACUGCUUUGUCAGGGGUUGUGAUGGCUCUAUCCUCAUCAAUUCAACUAGAAAGAACAAAGCGGAGAAGGCAUCCAUCCCGAACGAAACACUUCGUGGAUUUGACUUCAUUGAUCGGGUGAAGAGCUCGGUCGAAGAAGAAUGCCCGGGAAUCGUAUCGUGUGCUGACAUUCUUUCAUUGGUUGCUCGAGAUGCUGUUGGAAUCAUAGGAGGACCAUUUUGGAGAGUUCCUACCGGCCGUCGCGAUGGCCUAGUAUCAAAGUUCUCAGAAGCAUCGUCGGAGAUUCCAUCCCCGACAUCGAAUUUCAGCACAUUGCUGAGUUCUUUUAACAAAAAAGGACUAGAUGUUACAGACCUUGUUCUACUAUCUGGAGCCCACACGAUCGGAAUUGCUCAUUGCCAAUCGAUCCACGAUCGGCUUUACAACUUCUCUGGCAAAGGUGAGCAAGAUCCUUCCAUGGACAGCCUCUACGCCGUGAACCUGAAGCAGAACAAAUGCAAGUCAUCAAAUGACAACACAACAAUCAUCGAAAUGGAUCCAGGAAGUUUCCGAACAUUUGAUGUCGGGUACUACCGGAAUGUACUGAAGCGAAGAGGCCUUUUUGGAUCGGACGCAGCUCUGAUGACUAAUGAGGCAGCCCGAGAAGCCAUUACGAGUCUCGUGGAAGGCCCCCUGGAGAGGUUCUUCAGCCAGUUCGCAUUGUCAAUGGAGAGGAUGGGCAGCAUACGAGUGAAGACCGGUUCUUCAGGUGAAAUUAGAAAGAAUUGUGCCGUCGUAAACGGUUCUUAAGAAAUCA